AUGGCUGGCAUCCUAGCUGCGGACUCGCCGAUUAUGGGAUUGUCCGGGAUGAUGCAGCCUCACGAUCUCGGCUCAGCUGCUACCGCUGGAAUGGGAAGUUUUGUAGGAUGCGGCCCGAGCUUCAGUGCCGCUGCUUUGAGCUACCAGACCAGCGGGCCAGCUCCCAUGUACAGAUAUACACCUGGUCUCGAUUACCCAGUCGAUGGCGCCUUAAAUGCCGGUCGAUCAUUCCGAGAGGAUUUGUUUUCCGCAUCAACUCCGCUGGUUACUCAAUCGGACUCUGAAUCAAUAACACCGGGCAGCGGAUUUAAUACACCAUCUAUGCAGCCAGCGGUUCUACAGUCACAGAACAUCAACAUCCUAAAGAGCCAAUCACAGGCGAGAGAUGAAACAGACAGUUUACUUGCUCAUUUCCUGUUGCAGGAUGAUAUUACACUGAGUAAAGCUCUGCUUAGGAAUAUUCGCAAGAACAAAAUAACCCUCAAAGACAUCCUCAGAAAAGGCCUCCAGUCUCUAGAAAGAGACUCUCAAACCCCUUCAAGCAGUACGAAGAUGAUUGAUGGUUCAUUACAAGGGCGUGCGCAAUGCAAGCUCAUGCAAGUGCAGCUUCCCGAUCUUCACGCCAAUACUAUUCGCGUCACGCAAAUGUCGUUUGUAGCAGCGGUUUUAUAUAAUGCAACCAUGCUGGGCAUAUCGGCACCAGAGAUGUUUGAGCACGACACCGAGUCUCAUUUCUUCGCAUCUAGAAGAGCAUCAGGCGGGAUGGAGGAUAUCGCGGAUCAAGAUGCAUUUAUUAAUGUAAAGGACGACUUGAAACCCACCCAGAACCAACUCACACAACGCCACCAUCCUUAUAUUGACACUCUACCCUUUCGAGCUUUUCGAGAGCGACUAAUAGCAUUAAUUCACGCAGAACCUUGUAUAAUCAACAUGGAAGAGCUCUGUCACGAUCUACAGAGCGAUGGAGUCAUUUGCUGGGGAUCCAGCGCCGGGGCUGGGACUGGACACUCUGGCGCCCCAUGGGAUAUCCGAAGCUGGGAAGUGCGGCCAUGGUUUCUGAAGAAAUACUGGAUGAUCACAGAAGGCACAGAAGGGGAGAUGUAUCAGCAGGCUAGAUGGUGGUGCGAGAUGAGGGGAGAGGAUGUGCUGACUUUGUGGUGA